AUGCAAAGAGCUCUCUCUUCCAGGGCUUCGGUCCUCUCUGCUGCUUCCAAGCGCGCCCCCUUCUACAGAUCCUCUGGAUUCAACCUGCAACAGCAGCGAUUCGCUCACAAGGACCUCAAGUUCGGCGUCGAUGCUCGUGCUCAGCUGCUCAAGGGUGUCGACACUCUUGCUAGAGCUGUGACCUCUACUCUUGGUCCCAAGGGUCGCAACGUCCUCAUCGAGUCUCCCUACGGCUCUCCCAAGAUCACCAAGGAUGGUGUGAGUGUUGCCAAGGCCAUCCAGCUCCAGGACAAGUUCGAGAACCUCGGUGCCCGUCUCCUUCAGGACGUUGCUUCCAAGACCAACGAAUCCGCUGGUGACGGUACUACCACCGCUACCGUCCUUGCCCGUGCUAUCUUCUCCGAGACCGUCAAGAACGUUGCUGCUGGAUGCAACCCCAUGGACCUGCGCCGCGGUAUCCAGGCUGCCGUUGAGGCCGCUGUGGACUACCUCCAGCAGAACAAGCGUGACAUCACCACCGGUGAGGAGAUCGCCCAGGUCGCUACCAUCUCUGCCAACGGCGACACUCAGGUCGGUAAGCUCAUCUCCACCGCUAUGGAGAGAGUCGGCAAGGAGGGUGUCAUCACCGUGAAGGAGGGUAAGACUCUUGAGGACGAGCUUGAGGUCACCGAGGGUAUGCGCUUCGACCGUGGAUACACCUCUCCCUACUUCAUCACCGACCCCAAGUCCCAGAAGGUUGAGUUCGAGAAGCCCCUGAUCCUUCUUUCCGAGAAGAAGAUCUCUGCUGUCCAGGACAUCAUCCCUGCCCUUGAGGCCUCCACCACUCUUCGUCGCCCCUUGGUCAUCAUCGCUGAGGACAUUGAGGGUGAGGCCCUUGCUGUCUGCAUUCUCAACAAGCUCCGUGGCCAGCUCCAGGUCGCUGCCGUCAAGGCCCCUGGAUUCGGUGACAACCGCAAGAGCAUCCUCGGUGACCUUGCUGUCCUCACCAACGGUACCGUCUUCACCGACGAGCUUGACAUCAAGCUCGAGAAGCUCACCCCUGACAUGCUCGGAUCCACCGGCUCCAUCGCCAUCACCAAGGAGGACACCAUUGUUCUCAACGGUGAGGGUACCAAGGACUCCAUUGCCCAGCGCUGCGAGCAGAUCCGUGGUGUCAUGGCUGACCCCACCACCUCUGAGUACGAGAAGGAGAAGCUCCAGGAGCGUCUCGCCAAGCUUUCUGGCGGUGUCGCCGUCAUCAAGGUCGGUGGUGCCUCCGAGGUCGAGGUCGGUGAGAAGAAGGACCGUGUCGUUGACGCCCUGAACGCUACCCGCGCUGCCGUUGAGGAGGGUAUCCUCCCCGGUGGUGGUACCGCUCUUCUCAAGGCCUCCGCCAACGGCCUUGACCACCUUAAGCCCGACAACUUCGACCAGCAGCUCGGUGUUAGCAUCGUCAAGAGCGCCAUCACCCGCCCCGCCCGCACCAUUGUCGAGAACGCCGGUCUCGAGGGCAGCGUCAUCGUUGGCAAGCUCACCGAUGACUUCGCCAAGGACUUCAACCGCGGAUUCGACAGCUCUCGCGGCGAGUACAUUGACAUGAUCGGUGCCGGUAUCGUCGACCCUCUCAAGGUUGUCCGUACCGCUCUGGUUGACGCCAGCGGUGUCGCUUCCCUGCUCGGUACUACCGAGGUCGCCAUCGUCGAGGCCCCUGAGGAGAAGGGCCCUGCCCCCGCUGGUGGCAUGGGCGGCAUGGGCGGUAUGGGUGGCAUGGGCGGUGGCAUGUUCUAA